AUGUUCAAGAAAGGUGACGAAGACUCAUUGUCCGCAAUCAAAAGGCGUCAACAAGCUACUUCUUCAAAAAAUAGUAAUCUGUCAACCUCUCGUACAACUGAGUUGCAUCCCCAAGCUCAUGGUUUUCAGGAUUUUCAAAUCAUGGGUCAACAUUUGCAGCAUCAACCGGCAUACGAUAACUACUAUCUGCCUGGUCAUAACUUCCAUACUCCCCCACAGCCUCUUCUGUAUGGGGUAGCCCCACCUGGUCUAAUAGCUCAAAGAUACCCUGUUUACUUUGUGGAUUCUCAGCAUGUGCAACGGCAGCAGAGUCAAUAUCCUGCACAAUAUCAACAUUAUCAAUCGCCGUACUUCGUUCAAACAACCUCACAUCAACGACAUUAUACACCUCCUCCCCUCAACCCUGUCCAUGCUCAUCAAUAUCCCUCUCAGCGACCGCCAGUAGUUUCGGAGCAGGCAAUACCAUACACCCGUCAACCACUGCAGCAAAUGACGCCUCAGAAGAUUCUGUUACAACUGGAACAACAGCUGGUAUCUCAACCAUAUCAUACUUCAAACACCUAUAUAAAAGAUGUGGUAAACAAUGCUUCAGAAAUGGGCCGCUCAAUUUCCAUGUCACAGCAAAGCCUCUCUAGAACUUCCGAUAAUUUGAAGAAGGAAGUUUUGAAUACAACGGGGGAUGUGAUCAAAUUUUCUGACUCUUUACCAAAAUUAGAACCAAUAAUAAAACAAAUUGAUGAGGAAAACUAUCAGAGAAUUCAAGAUUUGAAAUACAGUUUUAAGACAAGAGCUGAUGCUAUACAAACCCUGCAAAGUCGGCCCUACCACCAUCAAACAAAGAGUAUUAACAUUAAUGUUCCUCAACCACCAAUCCAUCACAAUUCCCAACCACAAUUGCCUUUUUCUACUCCAUCAUAUUUUUCAGCUUCAGAUAAGCCUGAAAUAAAUAGCGCACACGCUUCACCAUCGAUUGAGUCUAGGCCUAGAAUCGCGUCGUUUGUGGAUCCAUUGGCCAAAUUACCCCAUGAUCAUUCAGUAGCUCCUCAAAAUAGCCAACUCAGUUAUAAUCCGCUAAUUGAUAAAAAUCCAAGGAAUUUGGCGAAUCCUCCUAAAUUAGAAAGUAGCACCAGUGGCAAUUCAAUCUCUAGCACUAGUCUUAAAAAGUUAGAUUCCAUAGGCGCUCAUCGACUUUCUAGAGAAGGUAGUUUUUCGAGCCUCAGGUACCAUCAACCUCCUAGAUCUUUGCCUGAAUCGUACCAGUUGAGAAGGAGUGAAAUUUCAAAUUACUCUGAAGUCACCCCUCAACAAAUGCAAUUACAUUCUUCGGCAGUAAAAGGAUCGCUACCGUCCUCUAGUUCCAUAUCUAAUCCCUGCAGCCCACGUCUAAACCUAUUGACCCAAGGGCUCUGCUCUUAA